GUUUUUUAUCCAACAGCUCUGAGUUUGAUCAACCAUCGAUUGCACCUCGUCCAGGAGUUCAAUUACGCUCUCCAUAUUCUUCUACACCAACUGUUCUGUGCUGGGUUCUCUGACAUUGAGUCUGUUGGCCUUUAUUUGUUUUUGUCUGUUGAGCAACAUCCCAAGCUGCCACCUAUUUCUGUUUUAAUACCAAGCUUUGCGUAGACAGUUGCUUUUUUAGUUUAUAUCCUCUGGUUUUCAUUCGAAAUCUGCUGGAACCUGUUUAAAGAUCUUAAAGCCAUUAAUUCAAAAUACUUUUGUCUCUACUAGCUGUUUAUCUAAUCAAAAAAAUGGGCAUAUUAAGAAAUCCUUAUUUGCGUCAAAUACGAAGAAAACCCUCGAGUAUUCUUGGGCCAUUAACAAUAAUUAUUUUACUAUGCUAUCUUCUAUUUGGCACCUCAAAUGAUCCAUCAAAUAACUCCAAUAAUGGCCAGUUAUCCAACAACAACUUAAAUAUCCAAAACAAAUAUUCUUAUAAACCUAAAAACAAAAAUUUGUUUAGCAGAGCUCCAAGUGACUUGAUUCCAAACAUUUUACCUGGUGACCAUAUCUCGCACUUUGAUCUAAAUAAAUUAGCUUCAACUCCAAUGGCUGUUUAUAAUAAGGAAAAAGUUCUCAUCUUAUCUCCCAUGUCGAAAUUUUUAAAUCAAUAUUGGGCUAAUUUAUUAAAAUUAACCUAUCCAAGAGAAUUAAUCGAAUUGGGUUUCAUUGUUCCAAGAAAUUCUGAUGGUGACAAAGUUCUUAACUUCUUAGAAGUUGCAAUAAAACAAGUUCAAACUGGCCCAAAGGAGAAAAGGUUCUCUAAAAUUACAAUAUUAAGACAAGAUAACGAUUCAAUAAGAUCUCAAAAGGAAAAGGAUAGACACGCUUUAAGCAUCCAAAAGGAAAGAAGAUCAAGCAUGGCUUUAGCCAGAAAUUCCUUGCUAUUCACUACUUUAUCUCCCUUCACUUCUUGGGUGUUAUGGUUAGAUGCCGAUAUUGUUGAGUCUCCCACGACUUUAAUUCAGGAUUUAAUAGCUCAUGAUAAACCAGUCAUAUCCGCCAAUUGUUAUCAAAGAUUUUUUGACGAUUCCAAGAAAAAGGAAUCAAUCAGACCUUAUGAUUUCAAUAACUGGGUUGAAAGUGAAGAAGGCUUGAAAAUUGCUUCAAAUAUGAGAGAUGAUGAGAUCAUAGUUGAAGGUUAUGCUAAUAUCGCCACUUAUAGACCUUUAAUGGCUCAUUUUUACGAUGCAAAUGGCGAUGUAAACACUGAAAUGCAGUUAGAUGGCAUCGGUGGUGCAGCUGUUUUAGUCAAAGCUGAUGUUCAUAGAGAUGGCGCAAUGUUCCCUCCUUUCCCAUUUUAUCACUUAAUUGAAACUGAAGGUUUUGCUAAAAUGACAAAACGUUUAGGUUAUGAAGUAUUUGGUCUUCCAAAUUAUCUAGUUUAUCAUUAUAAUGAAUAAUGAAUAAUGAAUAAUGAAUAAUAAUAAUAAUAAUAAUAAUAAUAAUAAUAAUAAUAAUAAUCAUAACCAAGAACAAUCAAAU